AAAAAGUAGUUGUUGUCGUUCUUUUACUUUUUAAUUAAUUUAAUUUUCUUAAUUUUGAUUCCCUAGGAAUUUCUUUUUCUCAUACCUGUCGCUCUUUUUUUGGUUCAUUUUAAGAUUUUGUAAUCUAUUUCGCUCUUUUGCUCUAUUUUGUACUUCUUCGCUCGUAUUUAUCCUUUCCUCUAUUUUUUCUUCUUUUUUUUUUGAAUCGCCUAUUUGAUUUUGGACCAUCAUCAGUAUGUCCACAGCGAACGUUCGAACGAUCGUUCGGGUUCGUCCCAAAUCUCUUCGAGAAAUAUCAACAAACGCCGUUAAUCUUCUUACAAUAGAUGAGAACCAAAAUGAAAUCACUAUUAACCCACCUCCAGAAGGUUUAGCAAACUCAAGACAUAGGCAUAGAGUGCGAGGACCUCGAGUAUUUCACUUCGACAAGUGUUUUCUCCCUUCUGCAAUUGGAUCUAGUGGCCAAGCAUCAGAAGAGGAAGAUUUGAUUCAGAAUAUAGGUCCUUAUUUAAUUCAUUCAACUCUGGAAGGCUAUAAUGCAUGUCUGUUUACUUAUGGCCCAGGCGGGAGUGGUAAAACGUUUGCAACCAUUGGUGUUCGUGGCUACAGUGGAUUAGUUUAUAGGCUUUCAUGUUUCCUUUUUAAAGAAAUCGAGAGAACCCAAGAAGAAACGAAUGCCACAGUCCGGGUUUCCAUCUCGGUGGUAGAAAUUCUAAAUGAAACAUUAUACGACUUAUUAAAAUCCAAGGAGUCAACAGAAAAUGAUAUUCAUGCUGAUGCUCCUACCCAUUACUUUUCUCAAGGGUUUUCCCAGUUUGAGGUUGAAAAUGCUCAAGAAAUUGACGCAUUUCUACGAUUAGCAGCCAAGACAAAACAAGCAACUUUAGCUGACCGAUUUGGAAAGACUCAUGGGCAUACUGCUAUUAUUUUCAAGAUUCACCAAAAAAUUCCGAAAACUGACAAACAGGUUUCUUCGCAAAAAGAAUCUUACUUUGAAAUUCUGGAUCUAGCAAGCUUUAGCAGAAACUCUCACCGAAAGCCCGAAGAUGAAAUAACGAGCGAAUAUGCUGGUGAGGAUAAUUCUUUAUCAGUAUUGAAUCGAGUAAUUGCAUCCCUUACUAGUAAGAAACACGAUCUCACAAUUCCUUAUAAUGAUUCGGUUCUCACUCGUUUUCUCCAGAAUGCUUUGGGGGGAAAUUGCAGAACUAUUAUGCUGGCAUGCGUGUCGCCAUGCGAUUUUGACGAAACAUUCUCUACUCUACGAUAUGCAGAAGCAGCCAGAAAGAUCAAGAAUAUCUCCGUGAUAAAUACAAAGAGAACUUAUGGAGAUUCUGAUGAAAGUGAGUUUGACAAUAUUGUAUCCAGUUUGGAGUCUGACAGAGUUCAAAUGAGACGUCAUGAAGAACAUAGCAAAAAGCUACUGACAAUCAUUGAUGACUUAAGAACAGAGUACGAAAGCAGAAUAAAAAGUCUUGAACUGCAAAACACAGCGCUAAAGAAUCACCUUUGCUUGGCUGUUGAUGCAUAUCUCAACCCGGUGGAGUUGAAAUUUCCGAAGAAGCCUGAAAAUAAGUCACCAAAGACUAUCAACGAGAUACUUCAAAUGGAACUCAUUGAAUUCGAAAAAGACGUACAAAUUCUUGCUAGAGAUUUUGAAGGAAUUGUACUCUCCCCUCAAGAUUUCAGUCCUCCAAGACUUCAGAAUAUAGAAGAAGAAAGUUUAAAACAUGAUUCUUUGUUAGAUUAAAUUAGUUCUAAUUAAAUAAACGUAUAUAAAGAAUAAAAUAAAAUUCAAACUCCUCUAGGG